AUGGUGCUGAGAAACUUCCACACCGAUGCCCUCCAGGAUCUAUGUGCUGAGGAGCAGCUGGAUCUUCUCAAUUCGAUUGAUACCCUUCGCUCUCAGGGUAUUAGCCACUAUAUCUCUCUGCCGCAGAUCAUAGUCUGUGGCGACCAGUCCUCUGGCAAGAGUUCCGUCCUAGAGGCGAUAUCCGGUGUUAGUUUUCCUGUCAAAAGCAACCUGUGCACCCGAUUUCCUACCGAGCUCGUCCUCCGAAAGCAUUACCAUGUCGGCGUUCGCGUAUCUAUCGUUCCUCACCACACACGCAGCGAUAUUGAGCGACUAUCACUUGGUGAUUUCUGUGAACAACUAGAUAGCUUCGAAGAUCUACCCAUCCUGAUUGAAAAAGCUAAAGCGGCCAUGGGAAUAACGACCCACGGAAAGGCCUUCUCAAAUGACCUCCUGCGAGUCGAGCUGUCAGGUCCCGACCGUCCCCAUCUGACCAUUGUUGACCUCCCUGGACUAAUCCAUUCGGAAACCAAACAACAGUCGGCGAUGGAUGUUCAGCUUGUCCAGGAUGUGGUCCAGUCCUAUAUGAAAGAGCCGCGCAGCAUCAUUCUGGCCGUUGUGUCUGCCAAGAACGACGUUGCCAACCAAAUCGUCCUCAACCUGGCACGAAAUGCCGACCCAUUUGGGAAACGAACCCUCGGCAUAAUAACAAAGCCUGAUACCUUGUCAGCCGGAUCUGAGAGUGAAACGAUGUUUGUGUCAUUGGCGAAGAAUCAGGAUGUGGAGUUUCGGCUUGGUUGGCACGUCCUGAAGAACAUGGACAUGGACAAAGGCCAAUGGACCCUGAAACAACGUGAUGCCGAGGAACAGGAGUUUUUCUCGCAAGGGAUAUGGAAAGAUCUGCCAAGCUCACUAGUCGGGAUCGAUAGCCUGCGGGCGCGACUGAGUAAGGUGCUGCUUUCGCAAAUCGCUAUCGAGCUGCCAAGCUUGAUCAGAGAGAUCGAAGAUAAAACCGACCACUGCAGAACUCGGCUACGAAGACUUGGUGAACCUCGCAUUACCAUUGACGAGCAGAAGUCGUAUCUUCUGAAUAUAAGCCAGUCCCUUCAGGAGCUUGUGAAAGCGGCUAUUGAUGGCACAUAUAAUGAUCCUUUUUUUGGUGAUGCGCACACUACCAAUGGAUAUCAUAAAAGAAUACGAGCCAUAGUGCAGAAUUCGAACGAAGAGUUCGCCCAGCGCAUCAGUCGACAGGGUCAUUAUCGACGCAUCUGUGCGCCCAAUGAUGGACAGAUACCGGCCAAGCACCAGGUCGGGGUUACUCGAGAGGAAUAUAUAAAGCAUAUCAGCCAUCUCCUCAGGCGAACCAGGGGGCGCGAGCUACCUGGGACGUUCAAUCCAAUGAUCAUUCGUGAUCUGUUUUUGGAACAGUGUUCCCCAUGGGAGCGGCUGACCCGCAGCCACACGGAUGGUAUAUGGGCUGCUGCCAAAGAGUUUCUUGCCCUUGUGGUCAAACAUGUCUCAGAUGAAGCCACGUCAGCCGCAUUGAUCGAUGAGAUCAUAGUCCCAGCCUGCGACUCUAUCAAACGGAGCAUUGACACUAAGACGCGAGAGCUCCUGAUGCCACACCAGACAGGGCAUCCUAUUACAUACAAUCACUACUUUACGGAAACCCUGCAGAAGAUCCGGGUCGAGCGCCAGGAAGACGAGCUCGCCAAGACUUUGCAGCGGUUCUUCGGGGUUAAUAGUUUGAAGGAGCCUUACCGCAUAGAGCAUUCAAUUAAUCUUGAUCAACUUCUCAAAUCGCUGUUGCAGCAAUCUGAGCCAGACAUGGUCCGUUUUGCGUCGAUUGAAGCGUUGGACUGCAUGCUGGCUUACUACAAGGUGAAACCCUUACCCCUUACUUGUGUCCUUCGGUGUUUUUGUCGAUCUGAUAAAAGACAGGUUGCCCUGAAGCGAUUCGUCGAUGAUAUUGCCAAUGAAGUUGUGGAAGGUAGACUCAUGUCCUCUCUAUCCCGCAUUCUGUCGCCGGUGACUGUGUUCGACAUGCCAGCGAAUCUUAUCAUGAGGAUUGUGGGUGAGUCGAAGGAAAGUCAAACAAUUCGUGAGCAACUCAACAAGGAGCUUCUGGUCUUGACUAAAGGCUCGGAGACCUGCAAACGGUUUGUUAGAGCAAAGACCGACGGUAUGUCAACCCUCACCCUGACUUUGACUGGUUUUGAAAAUCUAAGUUUGGCUGCAGAAAGUAGCUCCGAUCCUCUAUUAGCUGUCGCCUACCUAACAAGGGAGACUAGUAAUGGAUCUAUAUGUGAUGACGUGGGAUGGAAAGAAUCUGAACUUUCAGACUCAUCGAAUGAACUAGUGGACCCUCCUGAGGCUCUGGACGGACCUGUUGACGAAGCCGCGCCCCUUCGUUCCGAGGAGGAGCACAAGCCAAUCGUUAAGACUUCAGAAAAAGUAAGUAAGAAGAAAGAUAGAAGUAAAAAGGGUAUCCAAAGUUUCUUUGAGCUUUGA